CCCGGUUCAUCGUACCCUUCAGCUUCUUUGUUGUACAUGCACCUUUUUGUCUUCGAAUCUGACAGCUAGUAGUUGUCUGGUUGGUUAAUCUAGCUGGAGCCUUUAAAAUUUAGAGUGAUCUGUAUGAUGUCUGCUGUCAGGCUCCUAAUGAAAGCAAUGUUCUGCUUGUCCACCUACUGACAUUCUUUCACAUGCAAGGCUGGCGACUUUUAAAAGAGAAGUGUCAAAAGAAGGUGUUGAUUUCGUGAUUUCGUGACUCAUUUAAAAGCACUUAAGUUAACGAAAGUUCAUUGGCUGACUUAUUAUUUCUCCAUUCAAAGACAAUAUUUGCAUAUUUGUGGUCUAGCUUUGUUAAAUUUCAUUUUCUUUCGACGCCUAGCAAGCAUUUCCCGCGGUUUCUUUAAUUUGGGCGAGAUCGUGUUAGAUAUUUUCAAGUGCGACCGCAUUAGAAUCAGGUGAAAAUUCAUUGAGUCAGCUGGUUCAAGAUGUUGAAGAAACCCUUAAGACGACAGGCCACGAUCGUCCUGGAAAAUAAAAACUUAGCCGAAACUAAAAGGCUUGAAGAAGAUGCAAAAAGACAGAAGAACUGGAAGAGAUGGGGGCCUUAUUUAUCCGAGAGGCAGUGGGGAACUGUGAGAGAAGAUUAUUCUUUUGAUGGGUCAUGGUAAGACAGCCUUUAAUUUCAGCUAAGAUUAUUUUGAUGAUCAUUAUUUGAACGACUACACCGGUCGCGCUGAACGUGCAUCAAACUAAUGUUUAUCUGUCAACAUAUACAGUGCAUUGGUUUUGAUUCAUUGGUUAUCUUUCAUUGUUAGCUCUGUUAGCAAAAUUUCAUGAUUAUCGAACAAUACAUUACUGUUGUGAUGCAGCGCAAGUAAGACUUCAAAAGUUAUAUAACUUUUGUCCUGUACCAACUUAUUUAGAGUUUAUUUGUGACUUCUCGUACACUAUUUAGAAUUUAUGACAGUGAACAAAUUAUUUAGUUUCUUGGUUUGUUUAUGAGUGACUAUUAAAUUUUAAAUCCUGAAAAGAUCGGUAAGUUUAUGUAGUCUAUGUAACAGAUCUGGUGUGUACUUUGUUUCACCUAUAUUGGCCCAACAUUGGACAUCCUAAUGCAAAUGAUGUCAUAAAUAUUAUAAAUUAAGAUUUUGGUCAGAUAUAAUGUUGCAGUUAAUUUUUAUUUUUCCUUGUUUUCAAAUUCAUUAGCAUACAUUACCAUACCCAAAAACAAUAGAGCAAAUGUCGCAAUAAAUCUUGUUUAUGUAUAUAUAAAAAAAAAAAACAAUAGAAAACUAAAAAUUAACUGAGAUAAAAAAUAACUGCAAGUAGCAACAUAUAUGUAUGUCUUGUUUGUAUAUUCAAUCAUGUCAAGUUCAUUUCAGUUUUCAUCACAAGAAUGAAAUUCCUUUUAAAACAGAAACAACUGGGGUAUCUUAAUUUACUACAGUGUCUCAGAUAUUGGCUUGUUUUAUAAGCACAGGUAACGCAACCAUACCAUCAGAGACUCUAAGCAAUAGCUAAUUAAUUAUUUACACAGCAAUGAUAAAAGGGCGUUAAAUGAGAAUUUAUUCUUUGCUCUAAAAAUGAGUGAAAUUAUCAUUACUUUUUUUCAUUUUAAGCUUACCUUAAGCUUUUUCUUGUGUUUAUUUGUGUGCUGAUAGUGUUUUAGGCCUCUUAGGCACAUUUUAUUAAACAUUCAUGCCUUUUUUUAGGCAACAGUUGGUGAAAAAACCACGAUGAUGUUUGUUGUGGACAAACAUCUUUACAUUUUAUUAUUUUCUUUUCAAACUUCAAGUUCUCUCCUUACAGCUGAGACUUUGAUUCUCAUUUUAUUCUUUUUUAAUCUAAGUUCUCUUUCCACAGUUGGGACUCUUUUUCUCAUGACCAUGCCCGUUCACGCGCUUAUCGGUGGGGAGAGGAUGGUUUACUAGGAAUCACAGACCGGCAGUGCCGGCUGUGUUUUGGGUUGGCUUUGUGGAAUGAAAAAGAUCCAAUUCUGAAAGAAAGACUGUUUGGUUUGACUGGAAGUGAAGGUUGGAGACAUUUGUAUUUUUCUCUGAAUUCUUUAGAUUGUUUUGAUGUAACAAUCUCUUUAUACAUGUAGUAUAAUAGCAAAUAAAAUAAUACAACUACCAUAGAUAACUGAGGGUGGGGCCUAUUAAAAACUGUGAAAAUGCCAAAAAAAAAAGAAGAAAAGAAAAACAAAGAAAUCCACCUAAAAAGUUAAGCUUUACUUGAAAUUCAGGGAAAACUGAAGGCCCCAGAGUUUAAUGAUCAAAAAGGGCUAAUUCACAUAUUUCUCUCCAGUUUUUGAAUGAACUUAUAACAGUCCUUAUAGCUGAUUAAAGCUGAAUUCUUUUUUCACAAAUUAACCAACAUAGCCAAACAGGAAACAGAGGCAAACAGGAAAAUAAAAAAAAUCUCUCCUUUUAUAGAAACCAAAACCAAACUUCUGCAAAGGGCAAAACUUAAAAGCACCUUUAUAAAUUUCAUUUAAAUAAACAAGAGCUGUAUGUUCAGAUUCCAAUGCUGCCACCAUGUUAUAUACUUGUGUCUAAAACAAGUAUGUAGACCUGAAUAGAAUAACUCAAGGUAAAAUACUAUAUUCCAAGUUAAAACAGGAAAUGUUAUCCAAGGCUGCAAAAUCUGAAAAGUAGAAUAAUUAGAGUUGUUCCCUACAUUUCAAAACACUAUAUUGUACUUUCUGUUCAUUUUUUUUUACAAUAUAGACAGCUACAGCUGUAUAAUGUCUUGAAGGCCUUCAACUAGCGUACAUUUCUAGAUUCUUCAAUAUUUAUAUCUCCUUAAUAAGAUAGAUUUUUAUUCUCGAAGGAAAUCAUGGUGAAGAUGUGAAGGAAUGCUACUACUAUCUUGAUUCAACACCAACUCAUUCUUACAUGAAGGCCCUGUACAAGUACCCACAGAAUGAAUAUCCUUAUAGCUGGCUUGUUGAUGAAAAUCGAAGAAGAUCACAUCAAGAGCCUGAAUUUGAGUUGAGUGAUACUGGUGAG